UGUCUUUCUUUCGGAGCCAUGAAUCAGGUUCAGAAGUGGAUGAGGUUUUUCCUCGUUUGGAUGUUCUGCUGUUGUUGCCUACCUCUUCUCUUCUUUGCGAGCCCUUUGCCCUUGAAGGAAGCAGAUAAUCUUACCAAUCACUUCUGCAAACUCAGCAGAAACGACUUCCAGAGUACUUACAUCAAGAACCGUACAUAUACUUUAGCUAAACAGGGAAGAUGUUUUGAUAAGGAUACCGAGAACAGAUUUGUUGGGCAGCCUCUGUACAUGAAUAUCAAGGAGAAUGAUCGCUGCUACCUAAUGAAGAGAGUAACUGACAUUGUGCUGACAGAUGUCCUUUCUGAGCUAAAGAACAAAUAUCCCAGUGUCCAGGAAGUGGCAACUUUUUUGGCUCAUUUGAAUAUGAAACUGAGUGGUUGUAAACCAUUGGGAGACAAAGAGCAUAUUGAGAGCAAUCUGAAACAAAUGAAAGACAAAUUGGAUCAGUUGGGAGAGAAUGGAAAAAACAAAGCUGUCGGCGAGCUUGAUUUGCUGUUUGACUACCUGGAAAAUGCAUGCACUGAAGUGCCAAAAAACCCCGGCAGCAGCCAGAAAGGCAGCAAGAACUGA